GCCUAAAGACCUAGACGAGCGCUUAGGGUAUGGUUUGUGCGCAAAAGAACAAGAUUUCCUAAGAAAGAGAAAGAAAUAUGUGGCGGCUGCCCUCAAGAAGACUCUUCAGCUACAAAAAGAACUGAAGGAUGAUGAGGUACCAGUAAUCGCAAUAAUGACAACUGGUGGUGGAACCAGAUCUUUUACAGCAAUGUAUGGAAGCCUUCUGGGUUUGCAGAAAUUGAAUCUAUUAGAUUGUAUUACAUACCUUACAGGUUUAUCUGGCACAACAUGGACCAUGUGUAAAUUAUAUGAAGAUCCUGACUGGUCACAGAAAUACUUGGAAGAUGCUAUUAACAAAGCCAGAAGACAAGUGACCAAAUCUAAAUUGAACUGUUUUUCCAUUGAUAAACUGAAGUAUUAUUAUGAUGAGCUAAGUCAAAGAAUCAAAGAAGGACAUAGCACUUCCUUUAUAGACCUCUGGGGCCUUGUCAUUGAAUCCAUGUUCCAUGAUGAGUUGACAGGUAUGUGGAGCAGCAUAUUUUCUUUGGAUUUAAUCUAUUUCUGGAAUAUAGCUUAUGACUCAGAAGAAUUCUGGUAUAGAUGGACAAGAGACAGAAUACAAGAUAUUGAUGAUUCUCUUCUACCUUCAAAGCCACAUGAGCUGGACUCUCGCCUACUCACUUACCCAAGCCAGCUUUCCUCUACUUUCCGAGAUGUCUUAACUGGACGCCCAACAAUAGCAGAAUAUCCUAAUUUCCUGAGGGGUUUUCAGUUUCAUGAUGAAUACUUGAAGAAUGUCCAUUUUUCUGCAUGGAAAGAUUCUGUGCUGGACUCUCGACCGAACCUUCUAAUGGAAACAGCAGAGCAACCUUUAUCUCUGGUGGAUACCGGGUUUUUCAUCAAUACAAGCUACCCACCUCUUUUAAAAUCAGAGAGGAGAGUGGAUGUUAUUCUACAUUUAAAUUAUAGUGGAGGAGCACAGACUUUUAAUCUGGACCAGUUUUCAAAAUACGUCUCUGGUCUAGGGGUCCCAUUUCCCAAGACAGAAGUCAGUGAGGAAGACAAAAACAACCUGAAGGAGUGUUACGUUUUUGAAGACACAGAAAACACAGCUGCUCCUUUAGUGCUAUUUUUCCCCUUGACCAAUGAUACUUUCAGAGCAUUUGAAGCACCUGGUGUGGAACGCUCAUCUACUAAUAUGGAAGAGGGCAAUGUGGAUAUCUCCAGCUUCUUUUCCCCAUUUGGUACAAGGGAGGUGACCUUCUCAGAAGACAAUUUUGACAAACUGGUGAAAUUAACAGAAUACAACAUCCUCAACAAUGAAAGCAAAAUCAUUGAAGCCUUUCAUGCUGCAGUGCACAGGAAAAAAUAUCAGAAGAACCAGAAAUAA